GCUGGCCUCCGCAGCCGGAGAAGAGCGGGACGAUGCUGGAGACGCUGCGGGAGCGGUUGCUGAGCGUUCAGCAGGACCUCACCGCCGGGUUGAAGACUUUGGGUGACAAAUCAAGAGAAGCAAAAAAAACCAAGCAGAGAACUGUUCAGUGUUUGCCAGAGUUUUCUGCUGGACUGGAAUUACUGAGCAGAUAUGAAGAUGCUUGGGCUGCCCUUCACAAAGGAGCCAAAGAUUGUGCAAAAGCUGGAGAGCUGGUGGAUAGUGAAGUUGUGAUGCUUUCUGCACAUUGGGAGAAGAAAAGGAACAGUCUGGUGGAACUACAGGAUCAGCUCCAACAAAUACCUGGGUUUUUAGCAGAUCUGGAAUGCCUCACGGCAAGCCUAGCCCAGCUAGAGGCAAACUUUGAGGAAAUCGAGAAUCAUCUAUUGUGCCUUGAGGACCUAUGUGAACAGUGUGAGUUGGAAAGAUACAAAUGUAUGCAGACAUUACAGCUGGAAAACUACAAGAAAACAAAAAGGAAGGAACUUGAGACCUUCAAAGCUGAGCUAGAUGCUGAACACGCACAGAAGGUUUUGGAUAUGGAGCACACCCAGCAGAUGAAGCUAAAGGAACGUCAGAAGUUCUUUGAAGAAGCCUUCCAGCAGGACAUGGAGCAAUACCUUUCUACAGGAUACUUGCAGAUAGCAGAGAGGCGAGAACCGAUUGGAAGUAUGUCUUCCAUGGAGGUGAACGUGGACAUGCUGGAACAGAUGGACCUAAUGGACAUGUCUGACCAAGAAGCACUUGAUGUCUUUUUAAACUCAGGAGGCGAAGACAAUAAUAUGCUUUCUCCCAUGCUGGGGCCUGACUCCACCACCUACAUGAAUGAGAUCAGCCUUCAGGUUCCGAGCCAGUCUGAAUUACGACAGAAACUGUCUUCGCUGUCAUCAACCUGUACCGAUUCUGCCAGCCAAGAUGCAAGUGAAGGAGAGUCUCCAGUUAUUCAGUCUGAUGAAGAGGAAGUUCAAGUGGACACUGCUCUUGCUGCUGUAACUGAAAGAAAGGGUGCUUCGGAUGUUAGUGAUGAAAGUGACUCUCAAACUAUUUGAAUCUUAAAACCAUAUCCUUUAAGAAUGACUUCUGAAUGAAUGAACAAGUGAAUGAAGAGCUUGCCUGUGUAACAAUUUGCUAACCAAGCCUAACAGCCAGAUCUUUUUACUUAGUAAUACCGCCUUUUUACAAAAUUGCCAGUCACGUGAAGGUUGGUUUUUAAAAAAAAAAAAAAAAAUUGCCUAAAGCACACACACUUUAACAGCAGUCUUGGGGCUCAGGGGAGCAGUAAAGCUGUUGUAUAUACUAUGUAUAAGAAACUUAAAGGGGAAAGAUUCAAGUUACUUUGACCACUAACCUUUAAAUGGCUGAUUGGAAAUAACUUAACUGAGACUGGAUGUGUAACAAACACUGAACCCAAAUUGUUCCUUGCAUGUUUUCAGCUGCUGCAACUGAAGAUUUAGGAUCCAAACCAAAAUGAAAAGUUAUUUUCUACUCUUUACUACCUACUGUCUGCCUACUGCCUUUGUCUACUAAUGCAGCAGUGUCUACUCUCUCACACUUCUUAUUCAGGACCAACUUAGUUAUCAUAGGUGUUAAGGAAAAAAAGAAAAGAAACUGAAAAGGAGGAGAGACGCAUAUCAAAAUGUUACACUCCUCGUGGAGCAGAAACCUUAGCAUUGUAUAAACUUACUCCUCUUUCAAGAUAAAAUAAAGUAUUUCUAUCCCAACCAUGUCUUUUACUUGAUUACCCAAAUAUUAUUUUAUCCAUGACAGUGAACAGAGGAGACUAAUUCAGAAAAAAAUGGUUAUUUAUACUGAGCACCAGUGUGAUGUAGUUUUCCAUGGUAACAUCUGUUUGACUACACUGAUGCAAGCCAGCAAUUUAAGGGGAAUAAACCUGAAUGAAUUAUAAAUUAAGUGCGUACGUUUUAUAAACCUUAGCACCUAUAGUCAUUAUCACCUUAGCGCCAUUUUUUUCUGCAGCCAUUUUUCUCUCUAAACUUGAGGUCUGAACAUGUCUAACACCUGUUUCUUGUCAAGUCUCACACUCUAUUUGCAGGGAUCCGUUCCCCUUGGAGAAGGUUCCUGGCUCCUGCUCUUCAGGCACAGAGGGAAGGAAUGUAAUCAGAAACAGCACAACCUGCCUCAGUUGCGUGAAAAGGGAAAGGGAAGUUUGUUUUAUUUACAGCUUAAUAUCGGAUGGGCUGGUCAGUGAACCUAAGGAUUUUCAAGUCGAUUACAACUGAAAUUGCCCUGAUCAGCAGCUUUUCCUGAAUGAAGGGGCAGAGAAAGACAAGCAAUACAGCUAUCUUCAAGCUGAGAACCAGAAGAGAUGACAGGAUCUACUCGUACAGCUAAUUGUAGCUGCAAUAAGGGCUCUAAUGAGCUGGUUUGCCCAGGUGUACAUAGACUGACUCCUUAUGUAUAUAUUGACAACGAUUAAGACCUUGCUAAGAAAUCCUAAGGUUAUAGAGAGGUGAAGUGGAAGAGGAGGGGCAGCACAGAAGUGCAUGGGACUAUCUGACUACUGGCAGGACCGAGGCAUAUGCUGCAAUUUCACUCACUCGCAAUUCUUCAUGUACCUAUAAAAAAUGGGAAGUGAGCCGCCAGCAUAGACUUCCGAGUGUCUUGGGUAGAACAAGAUUUUCUUCUUUUAAUGAAGGCACUGAGGAUCCUUCCUGAAUAAAAAGGUUAGGUCGCUGACCUUGGCCCUGCUUGAAAAUUAAGUUUUCUUGUGUUUCCUCUUCAGGAGGUAAAUCUGAGAGAUUAGACAGUGACCUGAGCAAUCUACAGGUAAAUGAAACACCACUGAUUCUAGCAGCACAGGGAUCUGUCCUUGGAAGAGAAGAAUUCUGGAUGCUGGGUGGACUUGGCAAGAGACAGAGAAGAGCUUUGGUGCCCAUUCGCCUGCUUUAUCAUCACUGAAGCGGCCACUGAAUGCAAUGCUGUCAGGGCUAUGCCAGGUGUCACACCAGACCUAGAGUUAUUAAAUUAA